UAAGAGUAUGUCUGAUCUCCUCUAUGUUUGCUUUGUGUUGUGUGUGUCUGUGGGUGGGACAAAAGCAGAUGACAGUAAAACUGAAGACUAUAACCCUUUUGACAAAUUCUUUCCACACCUGACAACAGAAAAAGAUGAGCUCCCUAUGUACAGAGUGUACAGAUGGCGAAACCACCCUACGACUUACACCAACCGUCCUCCACCUAGAAGGAGAGGAGAAGUAACAACGGAGACUCCGACUACAGAAGAACCAGAAGAUAGUCGAGGAGAUUUUAUCUUUGUUCCUGACGCUACACCAGUUUCAGACGGGCAUCCAUUCUUAGACAAGUUUGGGAAAAGACCAAGCAAGAUUUAUUAA